GAAAAAGCUUUUAGGAAUAUACUUAUUUGUUGUCAGUGCUUGUUACCUUUGAUCGACAUAAAACAAAACAAAUUUUCUAGAUAAAUUGUAAAUAGUUAAAAAUUUCGUAAAUAAUCUUGUUCCUAUACAUAUGCACCCGAACUAUUAGGGGAAGUGUAGUCAACAUGUUUGUAUAUAUGUAACAUUCAGGAACCCAAUGCGUGCGUCAACCUUGAAAAACAUUGCAAAAGCUAUACAAAUAGGAGGAAAUAAAAUAGCAGCAAUCUAAACCAUGACAGCUGAUUCUAGCGCACGUAAUGUAUUUCGAAAGAAUGGUGUUGCCAGCUUGGGGAGUACUCACGGUCGAAAUCUUAUUACGACGGCAAAUCCAUCCGGUGGAAGUAGCGCAUCUUUACUGCAAAAACAGUUAUCAUUUAAAACACCAGUUGGUUCGAAACAAAUCGGCAAGUCCGAUGAAAUUGAAAUAGUUGAUAGCUCCAACAUCGAAAACUUUAAUGCAGGAUAUAACAAGAACAGCAUUAUUGGAUGGAUUUGCUGUGCUCCAUGUAUAUGGUUUCGAACUUCUGCGGCUGUUCAUAAAAUGGCCAUAACAUCUGCAACCUUAUUGGUGACUACUUUGCUUGUAGCGUCACCCAUACUAUUUUUGAUUAGUACGGCACCGUCUCCCUUACCUCGAGACUGCUAUAUGGAAGGCGACCGUUGCUCAUCACCCAUCUCUUCACCACCCGAAUGCAUGGAUGUAAUUUGUGAAUCAGUAGCUUCCAGUAUUCAAGCCAGACUAAAUUGGAACAAGGACCCAUGCACAGAAUUCAAGAAGUUUAGUUGUUGGCGGAAUUCCCGAAACAAAAAUAUAACAAACCUAAUUGAAAUGGGAAACUCUCAAAAAAGUGUUGAUACUCAAAUGCUGUCCUUUUUCCAGAAUAAAGCUAUGGACGAAAGAUUCAAAAUAUUACAUCAUUUAUAUGAAAGCUGUUUACAACAGACCACUAACUCAACUGAAAUGCACCGCAUGUUUGAUAGUUUGGGCGGAUAUCUACCAGUUGGCUCAACUGGACCUUCAAGUAUUGCACCUUUGAUAGCUAAAAUUUAUGAACUCGGCCCAAGCCCAUUAGUUGAUUUGUAUUAUGAUCUAAGCUAUGGAAGAAGACCUCACAUUCUUCUUAUAAUAAGUGGUCCAAGCACAUCGUCAACUAUCUUAGAGCACAAAAUACGUUGGAUCAGCCCAAAAGCACCCCCAAGCCGUAUACGACAAGGACUCCCUAAGCUUUUAUCCGAUUUGGUUGACAAUUUUCUACCAUUUUUUGUAUCAUAUGAUCAAAGAAUAUCAGAAAAAGAUACAAUUUUCGAAUUUGUGAAGGAUCUUAACAAGCUUCAAGUCGAAUAUUCACGUCGGGGAUUUUGGGAUAGUUCUGUACUGUAUAAUAUAUCGAUUCUACAGGACAUGUACCCAGUUCUUAAUUGGACACUAUUAAUCCCAAAAAACUGGAGUGGUCCCAUAAUUGUCAGAAAUGGUGAUUAUCUCAAAGCUUUGAAACAUUUUCUCACAAAAUAUCCGACUAGAGUUGCACAUAAUUCAUUGCUUUUGCUAAGUGCUCUAGAAAUAUUGCCAAGGGAUUAUCCAAGUCCUGAAGUGUGUACUCGGUCCACAAUGUGGGCGUUGCCUGAAUUAGCCUCAGCUUUAUACAUUGCACAACAUGCAUCCAACGAUUUAAAGGACAUUACAAAACGGGCGGAAUUAAUAUUUAAAUCAUUGAAAGCUCAUUUGAAAAGAGCUCCUUCAUUAAAAGGAGCUGCUCUUGUAAAGCUAUCCGCGUUGAAAAUACAAUCACAGACGUGGGAAGGAUUUUCAAAUGUAACCGACUUAGUAAAGUCCCUAGAAAGCUUGAAUAUAAAUGCCGAAUGUUGGUUUCAAAAUAUUUUAGAGAUUUAUAAAAAAAACAAAUUAGUUCCCAACGAAAUUAAUAUGCGUGAAGGCUCACAUGAAGCAUGGGCAUAUCCUAUUGUAUCAACUACAUUUUACGAUACACUUAGUCAUUCAAUCGUGGUUCCACUUUCAGUCAUACUCAUACCGUAUUUUGAUGCAGCGUUGCCGCCCUACCUACAUUAUGCUUCUGUUGGCGUUUCCAUAGCCAAAGAAAUUUUGAGGUCCAUAACAAAAUCUUUUGACGAAAAGGCAAUGCGUUGCGUUCCACAUUCUGUAAAUAUAUUUUCGAACUAUAGUCGAAUGGACAUUCUGAUACAUUCAGGAGGAAUGCAGAUAUCAUACCACUCAAUGCUUUCAUUGACUGGUCCUAUUAAAGGAAUGGCGCGACUACCUGGUCUAAGCUUAACACCAACACAAAUAUUCUUUCUAGUUUCCGGUCAGGAACUAUGUGCUGAAUCGAAUUACUUGGGAAUCGAUAUAAGCGCUCCAGAAUUCGAUAAUAUUUUGGGUUGGCUCGUAGCCCAAGGUGGAAGCGCAACGGAAGUUUUCAAGUGUCCAUCUGGAUCUAUGAUUAAUAUACAAAAAACAUGCAAUGUGCUUUAAAUAUUAUAUGGUUACCAUAUAGACUAU